AUGACGGCCGACGCGAGGGCGCCCUGGUGCUACGUGCUGGGCUCCGAGGAGUGCGGCGCGGCGAAGAAGUCGAACGUGACCCAGAGCAUGUACUGGCGGCUCUGCAACAUGAGUACUGCGUCUAUCCCGAGCGAGCAAGUGGUGGAGAAGGCCAAGACCGAGUGGAAGCACGCCUUCGCGCAGAAUCAGAAGGACGAUCUGGCCGCCAAGAGGAAACAGGACAUGUACAACAGGGUGUCCAAUCUGUCCAAGACCAUGAACAACGACUCUCGUGAGGACGAGAAGGAGUCGAACGCUUCGGCGAGGGAGGAGAAGGAGACGCUCAAGAAGGCGGCCGACUCGCAGCAGCAGCAGAGCAAGGAGGACCUGAAGAAGGCCAAGGAGCGGGCGAAGAAGAGCGCCCAGGACGAGGCCGCGGCCGCGGCGAAGGUGGAGGAGCUGCUCAACAACCGGAGCAAGUCCGAGAGCCUACUCAAGAACGACAGGAGCAAGUCCAAGACCCCGCCCGACAACAGUACGACAGGGAACAAGUCCAACACUUCGGUGAAGGCCAAGCGCGAGGUCACCACCACGACCAAGAAGCCCGAGGUGCCCGCGCCGCCGGAGGAGGUCAAGCCGUCGCUCUACUGCUUCGCGCUAAUGAUGCCGUUCGGGUACGAGCCCGAGCUGCUGCUCGCGCAGAUGGAUCAGAGGCUGGACAGGGAUGCACUUAUGCAGUGCCACAGGAGAACCCUCAGAGAAACGCUGGCCCCAGAGAUCCCAGAGGAGGUACUCGCCCAGACAUGCGAGGAGCUCAAGGAAAUCACAGCUGUCCUGAAGAAGAUGAGGGAGGAGAGGGAGAGGGAAAGGAGGGCGAAGCUGGUGGAGGAGAUAUGGGAGGCGUCGGAGAGAGGAGACUUCUCGGACAUGCAUAGGCUGAGGAUCCAGUACCAGGAGAUCAUCUCACAGAUCAACGAAGCAACAACAAAGCUCACUGACACCAUCAAAGUAGGAGGCUGGUUUCUCAACAACGGCAAAACCAACCACCUCCUGGACCUGAAAGGACGGGGCAGCUACGCUCGCGCCCGUAGGGACCUCUUCGACGAAGAUUACGACCAGAGGGACCAGGCGUUGCGCAAGCUGGUCUUGAAGAACAGCCAAGAAAUACGAGAUCUCAUGCACCAGACGGGGGACUUCUGGCUCGCGCCCGCAACGUCCAAGCCAUUCGCAGCGGGACUGGGGGCAGGCAAAGAAUAUGGAAAAGCGGUUCGUGCAGCAGGAAAAAAGCACGGGCUUGGAUCUUCGCACGUGCACAAGUCCAGCAAGCAGGUCAUCAGGGAGUUCGUGGAGGCCACCAAUCACACGAAGGGCAACAUCCUAGUGGAGGAGAUGAUCCUCGCGUUCAAGGUCCAGGAGACGUACAAGCGCGAGGGCCUGGAUGCAGGCGACCGCCUGGGGAAGAUCUCCUUCGCCCUGAACCCGACGCCGUGCCUCCAGGCGAAACCGGCGAAUCACGAGGUGGGGGAGCAGGCCAUGGAGGCAGUGAAGGUGUACGAGGUGAUGAAGUUGAAGACGGCCAUCACGAUCGGCUUGCAGUCCAUCAACGGCAAGAAGGCGACGGGCCCUGGCCCCAAGACAGCGCUGGAGAGGUCAGUAGAGAGCACGUUGCGGCGCAGGUGAGCACCACUCCACCGAGCCGCACCCCGUCGUCGAGGAAGAGACGACGACUUACCACGACGGUAGGGCUCGGUACCGCUCCUUCUGCCUCUUCUGUUGCAGAAUGUGUUGAAGGGAGAGAGGAAGAGACGCUCUCUCGCAGUCGGACCUCGGGCCUGCCUCCUGUUCCCUGGCCCCCUUGCUCCG